AUUCAAUAUUCAUUCGAGGGAGUAUAUAUAUAUAUAUAGGGCAGCAGGGUUUAGAUAGGGAGUGACUGAGUGUGUGCGACACAUAUACAAGAGUUAGUAAGAUAAUUGGGUGAAAAUGAGAAUGGGUUUUUGGGGAAUGAAUAAUAAGCCUCUUCCUUCUUCUUCUUCUUCUUCAUCACCUGCAGCAAUAAUAAUAACAACAACGUUGGUGUUGUGUUUCAUUGUUAGGGUUUCUUCAAACGAAACCAGCAGUGCCGCCCUCACUCUUGGCUAUGAACAAGUGGCAACUGUGUAUCUUGGUGGAACAACCGGAACUUGGGAUGCCCCUUGCUUUCUGCAGAACUCUGCUCGAGUAGCUAUUUCUGUACUUCCCUGGGCACCCUCACAGUACUAUGGCCACGUUUAUAUCACGCCUCAUUAUGGAAGAUGUUGGACAUGCCGAGAUGAUUACCAGAUAAAAUUGGGGGAUAACAUCAAGUCAACCGGCAGUACUUAUUUUGGUUCUAAGGAGGCUUUAUUCUCGUUCUACAUCUACGGUAACGAUGAAAAGAAAAAACUCGAGAACGAAGGAAUGAAGAUUUUCGUGGAUAAGAAUGCAGCUUGUAAUGGUGUUUCGAGGAAGACAAUGAAGAAUCCAUUUGGAGAUAUGGAAUUUGUUGCAAUGAAUUGAAACACGAUAAUGUGCUGGAUUAAGCCUUGAUUGUUUGAUGCAUUAUUAUAAUAUUACAAUAAAAAAAGCAAUACCUUUAUCCAUUUCACUUAGGAAUGGAUGGAUAAGAAUAUAAUUAAGAAGGGUUGUAAGUGUGUGCUUAAUUAGUAGCUACUAGCUAGUAUGUUUUCUCAAUUUCUUGAGUAUUAUGGGCAAAUGAACAAUAUAAUGCUCUUUUUAAUUCUAAAAUAAAAUUCAUGUUUCACG